CCAACCCAAAAACCUGAAAAGAAGAAACAGAAACUUUACAAUAAGCUGGCAAGCAAGCUGAAUCUGCUGCCGAAUUUGUCUAAUCAAAUUCAUCAAAUAUGCAAUGAAACAAUUUUUAUUUCCAAAAUAUUGCAAAUUUGGUCCAACUACUGCCGGAAGUUGCAAACGUUUCUUACGUUUUUCUUCUUCUUCUUCUUCAUUGCCUUCCCACCCAAGGCACUUGGCCUCUCUCUUGCUCAAAAACCCAGCAAGCCACUCAGCCACCCAGCAAAUCCACUCUCACAUUCUCUCCUCCGGCUUAUUCCUUUGUCACAAUUUCACCUCCGCUUUUCUCCUCCUCAUCAAUACUCUCCUCCGCUGCUAUUCCUCCGGCGACUUCCCUCACGAAGCUUUCGCCUUCUACAGACAUGUCCGGCAGUAUUCUCAUUCUUUUGACUCCUUCACUUACUUCUUCCUUCUCCACGCCUCCAUUGCCUUAAACUCCGUAAUCCCAGGUGCCCAAAUCCACGCCCUGACUCACAAACUAGGUUUUCAUUUCCAUGUCUAUGUCCAAACUGCCUUGGUUAAUAUGUACGUUGCUUGUGGCUCUUUGGUACUUGCUCUCAAUGUGUUUGAUGAAAUGCCGCACAGGAAUUCUGUCACCUGGAAUGUCAUGAUAACUGGUUUGGCCAAAUGGGGUGAGCUUAAAUUAGCUCGGUCUAUGUUUGAUCAGAUGCCUGAGCCUACGGUUGUGUCCUGUACUGCUAUUAUUGAUGUGUACUCACGGAUGAAUCAGCCCCAGGAGGCUGUGGCUUUGUUUCGGAGAAUGGUUGUUGAAGAUCUUAUUGUACCCACUGGAAUUACGCUUCUGGCCAUAUUCCCAGCGGUUUCUGUUCUUGGGGAUCUUAAGAUUUGCCAAUCACUUCAUGCUUAUGGUGAGAAGAAAGGGUUUAAUGCAUCUGACAUACGUGUUGCAAAUUCCCUUUUGGACUCCUAUGCAAAGUGCGGCUGUAUAGAGAGUGCAUCAAGAUUUUUUGAGGAGAUACCUGCCCAAAGGAAGAAUUUGGUGUCAUGGACGUCCAUAAUCUCCGGUUUUGCAAUGCACGGAAUGGGGAAAGAAGCUGUCGAGAAUUUUGUAAGUAUGGAGAAAGUUGGUUUCAAACCAAAUCGAGUGACAUUCUUGAGUAUUUUCAAUGCUUGCAGUCAUGGAGGAUUAAUAGAUGAGGGGCUGAACUUCUUUGGGAAGAUGAUCGACGAGUAUGAAAUUGCAGUGGAUAUCAAACACUAUGGAUGUUUAAUAGAUAUGCUAGGGAGGGCAGGAAGAUUAGAAGAAGCAGAAAAAAUGGCUUUGGAGAUUCCUUGCAAUAUUGUUAAUGUUGUGAUUUGGAGGACGCUUUUGGGUGCUUGUAGCUUUCACGGUAAUGUGGAGAUGGGCGAGAGGGUGACGAAGAAGGUACUGGAGAUGGAGAGAGGAUAUGGAGGGGACUACGUGCUUAUGUCCAACAUCUUAGCUGGUGUUGGAAGGUAUAGUGAUGCCGAGAGAAUGAGAAGCUUGCUAGAUGAGAGGAACGCCUUCAAACUUCCAGGGCAUAGUUUGGUCUAACUGGUGUUGAAGAUGCACAACCAGGGUUGAGAGAGAUUAUAAUGCUAUGAUAGCUCCUGCCACUGUUUGUGCUUCCUCGGAGAUAUCUUGUUUAUAUGGAGCUCCUGCCGCUGCCCGUGGUCUUUCCUUCCACUCUCGUUUCAAAAUAGCCAGCCAUACUUUCCAUCGAACACUACAAUAUAGGGCUACCUGUGAGAUGGUGGGUAUUAUUAAUGUCUCAUUUUCCCUCCCCGACUUCAAAUUCUAACAAAAUCAAAGAAAUAUCAUAUUUGUUUAUUAUUA